AAACCUGCGAGCGAACCGGGGCAGAUUGCAUGGCGCCCCGUAGAGAUCGUGGCGGGGGCCGGUCAUAGCUGCUCCACGUACUCCACCUCAUCUCCACCCCCUCUUCCCUCCCCACAUAGCCUUCUACACAUCGCCAUCUCCCUCUCCACUCCCCCGCUUUUGCGACGCGCCACCUCCCCUGCCCCCAAGACGACGACGACGACGGUGCAGGAAAAGAGAGCGAUAUGAGUCCGGUUGCUCCCUCACUAAUAGUAUUGUUAUUCAACUAAUCAUCCUUGAUCCACGCCAGGAGCUGGCGAAAUGGGGACUAAAGUUAAUAUAAUUGUGGGCUCUCAUGUGUGGGCUGAGGACCCUGCUAUCUGCUGGGUCGAUGGAGAGGUGGUUAAAAUCAAUGGCGAAGAGGCGGAGAUCCAAGCAACCAAUGGGAAAAAGAUCGUUGCAAAUUUGUCAAAACUAUAUCCCAAAGAUAUGGAAGCAGCUGCUGGUGGAGUUGAUGACAUGACAAAACUUUCCUAUCUCCAUGAACCAGGAGUGCUGCAGAAUUUGUCGACCAGAUAUGAGCUUAAUGAAAUCUAUACAUACACUGGCAAUAUUCUCAUUGCUGUCAAUCCUUUCCAAAGAUUGCCCCAUUUAUAUGAUCCCCAUAUGAUGCAACAGUAUAAGGGAGCACCAUUUGGAGAAUUAAGUCCACAUGUUUUUGCUGUGGCAGAUGUUGCAUACAGGGCGAUGAUUAAUGAAAAUAAGAGCAACGCCAUUCUUGUGAGUGGUGAGAGUGGUGCUGGAAAAACAGAGACAACAAAAAUGCUUAUGAGGUAUCUUGCCUAUUUGGGUGGCCGAGCUGCAACUGAAGGAAGAACAGUAGAGCAACAAGUUCUUGAAUCAAAUCCAGUUCUUGAAGCUUUUGGCAAUGCAAAAACUGUCAGAAAUAAUAAUUCUAGUCGAUUUGGUAAGUUCGUCGAGAUUCAGUUUGAUAAGCAUGGGAGAAUAUCAGGUGCUGCGAUCAGAACAUACCUUCUUGAAAGGUCACGUGUAUGCCAAAUAUCUGACCCAGAGCGCAAUUACCACUGCUUUUAUCUCCUUUGCGCAGCACCUCAGGAGGAGGUUGAAAAGUACAAAUUGGGAAGUCCCAAGACUUUUCAUUAUCUCAAUCAAUCAAAUUGUUAUGAGUUGGUUGGAGUAAGCGAUGCCCACGAAUAUUUGGCGACCAGAAGAGCAAUGGAUAUUGUUGGCAUCAGUACUCAAGAACAAGAUGCUAUUUUUAGGGUUGUUGCUGCUAUCCUUCAUAUUGGCAAUAUUGAAUUUUCCAAGGGGAAAGAAGUUGAUUCGUCAGUCUUGAAAGAUGAAAAAUCAAAGUUUCAUCUUGAAACAACUGCUGAGCUUCUUAUGUGUAAUCCUGGAGCCCUGGAAGAUGCACUUUGUAAGCGUGUCAUGGUAACACCAGAAGAGGUUAUAAAAAGGAGUCUUGAUCCUUACAAUGCUACUGUUAGCAGGGAUGGCCUGGCAAAGACAAUAUAUUCUCGCUUGUUUGACUGGCUUGUUGAUAAAAUCAAUAGUUCCAUUGGGCAAGAUGCUAGCUCUAAAUGUCUUAUUGGUGUCCUGGACAUCUAUGGUUUUGAGAGCUUCAAGUCAAACAGUUUUGAGCAAUUCUGUAUUAAUUAUACAAAUGAGAAGUUGCAACAACAUUUCAAUCAGCACGUUUUCAAGAUGGAACAAGAGGAGUACACUAAAGAACAAAUUGAUUGGAGCUACAUUGAAUUUGUUGAUAAUCAAGAUGUUCUUGACCUUAUUGAGAAGAAGCCUGGGGGUGUGAUUGCACUUCUUGAUGAGGCAUGUAUGUUUCCCAAGUCAACACACGAGACGUUUGCCCAGAAGCUUUACCAGACUUUUCAAAGACACAAACGUUUUGUCAAACCAAAGCUAUCUCGCACUGACUUUACAAUCUGCCACUAUGCUGGAGAGGUGUUGUACCAGUCUGAUCAAUUCCUUGACAAAAAUAAAGACUAUGUUGUGGCAGAGCACCAGGAACUGCUAAGUGCUUCUAAAUGCUCAUUCAUCUCUGGAUUAUUUCCACCUCUUCCAGAGGAGACAUCUAAAUCUUCCAAGUUCUCUUCCAUUGGAGCACGCUUUAAGCAACAACUUCAAGCCCUUAUGGAUACAUUGAAUUCUACAGAACCUCAUUAUAUUAGAUGCGUGAAGCCAAAUAAUGUGCUAAAACCAGCAAUUUUUGAGAAUGUUAAUGUCAUGCAACAGUUGCGUUGUGGUGGUGUACUUGAGGCAAUCAGAAUUAGCUGUGCCGGGUAUCCUACACGUCGCACAUUUUAUGAGUUUUUGCAUCGAUUUGGAAUACUUGCACCAGAGGCCCUCGAAGGAAAUAGUAGCGACGAAAAGGCUGCAUGCAAGAAGAUUUUGGAAAAGAAGGGGCUUGCGGGCUUUCAGAUAGGGAAAACAAAAGUUUUCCUGAGAGCCGGUCAGAUGGCUGAAUUAGAUGCUAGGAGGACUGAAGUACUCAGUGCUGCGGCAAAAACAAUCCAGGGGAAGAUGCGGACACAUAUAAUGCGGAAGAAGUUCCUUUCCUUGAGGAAGGCAUCUGUAUGUGUUCAGGCAAUAUGGAGAGGAAGACUGGCUUGUAAACAAUAUGAUAACAUGCGAAGGGAAGCAGCUGCCAUCAAAGUUCAGAAAAAUCAACGUAGGCAUCAGGCAAGAAGGUCCUACAAACUACAAUAUGCUUCCGUUCUUGUUGUGCAAACUGCAUUGCGAGCAAUGGCAGCAAGAAAUGAGUUCAGAUUUAAGAAGCAAUCUAAGGCAGCAGUUACGAUUCAGGCUCGUUAUAGGUGCCACAGGGCUCAUUCCUACCAUAGGAAGUUUAAAUGUGCAGCCAUUGUUGCACAAUGCAGAUGGAGGGGGAGAAUUGCAAGGAAAGAACUCAAGAAACUCAAAAUGGAAGCAAGAGAAACAGGUGCCCUCAAAGAAGCAAAGGACAAACUUGAAAAGAAAGUAGAAGAACUUACAUGGCGCGUACAGUUAGAGAAACGGUUAAGGACUGACCUGGAAGAAGCAAAAGCUCAGGAGUUGUCAAAAUUGCAGAGCUCUAUGGAAACGUUGCAAGCUAAAUUGGAGGAGGCAAAUACAAUGCUUGUCAAGGAACGGGAAGCUGCUAAGACUAUUGUAGAGGCACCUCCUGUAGUGCAGGAAACUCAGGUUGUCAUCCAAGACACCGAAAAGAUUGAUUCCUUGACAACAGAGGUGCAAGAACUUAAGAUCUCAUUACAAUCAGAAAAACAGAGAGCUGAUGAUUUAGAGAAGAAAUGCUCUGAAGAAGAACGAGCAAAUGAAGAAAAGCAAAAGAGACUAGAAGAGACUGAAAUAAAAAUGCGCCAAUUUCAGGACUACCUGAGAAGGCUAGAGGAGAAACUCGCUAAUGUCGAAUCUGAAAAUAAAGUACUCCGUCAGCAAGCUGUCUCAAUGGCUCCAAGCAAAAUUCUAUCUGGCCGCUCCAAGUCCAAUUUACAAAGGAGUUCUGAAAAUGUUCAAGUAUCAAGCAAUGAUCCAAAAAUAAUUCUAGAGUCCAAUAAUACGUCCUCUCCGAAAAAGGAAUAUGACAUUGAUGACAAGCCACAAAAAUCUCUUAAUGAGAAGCAACAGGAAAACCAAGAUCUAUUAAUUAGGUGCAUCGCUCAGCAUUUAGGCUAUGCUGGGAACCGGCCAGUUGCUGCUUGUAUAAUAUACAAAUGCCUUCUUCAUUGGAGAUCAUUUGAAGUAGAGCGGACAAGUGUUUUUGAUCGCAUCAUUCAAACCAUAGGACAUGCAAUUGAGACACAAGACAACAAUGAAGUUUUAGCAUAUUGGCUUUCAAAUGCUUCAACACUAUUGUUAUUGCUUCAAAGGACAUUAAAGGCUAGUGGAUCAACCGGUAUGGCUCCACAGCGUCGACGAUCGUCAUCUGCUACACUUUUUGGACGAAUGACACAGAGCUUCAGAGGAACUCCACAGGGUGUAAAUCUUUCUCUCAUAAAUGGAAGCAUGGUUAGUGGAGUUGAGACACUGAGACAAGUUGAAGCCAAGUAUCCCGCUUUACUGUUUAAACAACAGCUUACAGCAUAUGUGGAGAAGAUAUAUGGAAUGAUUCGGGAUAAUUUGAAGAAAGAGAUUUCUCCCUUGCUUGGUUUGUGUAUUCAGGCCCCAAGGACAUCAAGGGCAAGCUUAAUGAAAGGAUCUUCACGUUCAAACACCAAUACUGCUGCCCAACAAGCUUUAAUUGCUCACUGGCAAGGGAUUGUGAAGAGCCUAGGAAAUUUCUUGAACAUACUGAAAGUGAACAAUGUUCCUCCUUUCUUGGUCCGAAAAGUAUUCACUCAAAUAUUCUCAUUUAUUAACGUACAACUAUUUAACAGUUUGCUAUUGCGAAGGGAGUGCUGUUCAUUCAGUAAUGGCGAAUAUGUAAAAGCGGGAUUAGCUGAACUUGAACAUUGGUGCUAUAGGGCUACUGAUGAGUAUGCAGGUUCAGCUUGGGAUGAGCUUAAACAUAUUAGACAAGCUAUUGGUUUCCUGGUAAUUCAUCAAAAGCCAAAAAAAACACUGGAUGAAAUAAGUCACGACCUUUGUCCGGUGCUUAGUAUACAACAACUAUACAGAAUUAGUACUAUGUACUGGGAUGACAAGUAUGGAACACAUAGUGUCUCGCCAGAGGUUAUAUCAAACAUGAGAGUGUUAAUGACAGAAGAUUCCAACAAUCCUGUAAGCAAUUCAUUUCUGCUAGAUGAUGACUCAAGUAUACCAUUCUCCGUCGAUGACAUAUCCAAAUCCAUGCAACAGAUUGACAUAUCUGACAUUGAGCCACCUCCAUUGAUACGGGAGAACUCGGGCUUUGUAUUCUUGUUGCCACCACCUGAAUAGAUGCAUGGCAAGAAGGUCAACUUGAUCAAUGAUUGCAGGAACGUAGAAUGAUGCUUGGACCACAAUCUACAUGAACCAAGGUUUCUCAAGUUAAAUGCCCAAAGGAAUGAGGUGCAUGGCUUCCACGUUAGCACCUUCGUGGCUUUACAAAUAGGUUGAUCAUCUACGCCAUAGCAAAUGUAGCAAAUUAAAUAGACUAGUUCUUUGCGGCAUGCCUGGCCUCACCUAGUGUUGAUCCAACUCUAGUCUACAUAGUGGUACCCAGUGUUAUUAUUUGGCUUUUUGUUGCUAUUCAUCUUUGGAUUUUGAUCAGUUUCCAAAGUUCAGAGCUGUCAUGCCCUAGUUCAAGUCUAGUUUAGAAGGUCCUAGUGAAGUUAGUAGAAAUUCACCUUUUCCUUAGGCUAUUUUUAGUUUCUAGAGCUCUCUAAGGUGAUUUGCAAGAGCUGGGCAAUAGGAUUUUAUUUUCCUCUUGAGUCAAUGAACAACAGAUCUUGCGCAUAUGGCAACAAUGAACUCUGUAAUGAUGUUGAUGAUUACUUUGAAUGAAAUUAACAUGUGAUUGGCACCAAGAUUUUUCAAAGG